CUGCCUCCAUUUGAUCAUGGCAAUAUGGAAAUCAAAUCCUAUAUAUACCCUACCAAUGCCUCAUUUCAAUCUUCACAGCUUCUCCAAUCUCCAAAGUCUUCAACAAAACCGAGUCGAAAUCACAGAAAGCAAAACAGAGAAGAAGAAUCAGCAAUGCCGAUGGGAUACAUGGACGAGGAGGCAAAGCGCAAGAAGAGGAUGAAGUGGACGAUCGGCAUCAUCGCUUUUGUUAUCUUUCAAGUAGUCCAAGCUCUCUUCUUCGUCCUGGUUAUCAUGAAGUUCAAGUCCCCCAAGUUCAGGGUCGGCGACUUUACCGUCCCGACUCUGAACGUCGGGACUCAGGCCUCGCCUUCGUUCGACAUGAGCUUCGUUGCUCCGAUCCGAGUUAAGAACACCAACUGGGGUCCCUUCAAGUACGACGCCUCCACCGUUGACUUCACCUAUGGAGGUGUCCAGGUGGGACAAGGGAUCAUUCCAAAAAGCAAGGCCAACUUCAAGUCCACCAAGAAGAUCGACGUGAAUGUGGCUUUGAGCUCUGCUAAUUUGCCCACGACAUCGAAUCUUGGGAGCGAGUUGAGUUCGGGGAUUAUAACGUUGAACAGUCAAGGUGCGCUCAAAGGGAAGGUAACGAUCAUGUUCAUGUUCAAGAAGACGAAGACCUCCCAGAUGAAUUGCACCAUGGGAAUCAAUGUAGCGACAAAGGUGGUCCAAUCCUUGUCGUGCAAAUGAGGAUUAGCGAGUGCAAUCCUCCAUUAGACUGCUUGCUGGCUUUUUUUGGCGAAUUAGAUAAGAUUUUGUACUACAUCUUAGCUUUUUUCGAUUGUAAUUUGUUAUCACAUAUUAUUGAAUCCUAGGAUAUGACCCUUUGAUUA